UCAUCUCCGUGCGCCCGCGCGGCGCGGCCAUGGCGCUGUUCUGUAUCAACAGGUACGGCGGGGAAGAGGAGCAGGAGGAGGGCCCUGCGGCGCCGGACCGCGCUCGGGUCCUGCUGGAGCGGCUGCAGCAGCAGGCAAGGGCCCGGCAGCUGAGGAAGCAGAAGGAAGCGCAGCCCGAAGGAGGUGACUUGUGCCCGGGGGGUGAACCCGAGCGAGGUAAACGGAAGAGGAAACGUGAGAGUGAGGAGCAGCCCCGUGCGCCAGGGCAGAAGCGGCUGAAGAAGAAAGGGCCUCGCAGGCUGUCUGCGGAGCGGGCGGGCACUGAGGGGUCAGCAGAUGGCAGCACUCCCUUGGAGGAGAAGAAAGAAAAUAAACGGAAAUCGAAAGUCCUGCAAGAGAGGACUGAAACCGAUUCUGAAGCAGAUAUCAAGCAACAUGAAAACAGAAGCAACUUUAAAAAUAAGUCUUCUAAAAAGAAACAGAGGGAUGAGGAAACAGAGGGAGCUGAAACAAGGGAGGAGGAGAACAGUGAAGGAGCUGAAGGAAAUCAAAGCACAAAGGAAGAGCCGCCCUUAGCAGCUUCAGAGGAAGAGGCAAAACCUCCACCCUCCAGUUUGAUGGUUCUUGGAGACUAUGACAGAAAGCCAGUGCAGAAGGUUCAGCCCUUCUUACCACACUGGCUUGCUCAGCCCAAAUUAGUGCAAAAAUGUGUCAAAGAUAAUCUGUUUCCAAUUGGAGAAGUCCCAGGACUUCAUCCUCGACUAUUGAAAAAGCUGCAAGUGAAUGGGAUAGAGUCCUUCUUUCCAGUUCAGGCAGAGGUGAUUCCUGCUAUUCUACAGAGUGCAUCCAAUGGGUAUUUGCUGGGGCAGGGAGGAUACCGCCCCAGAGACAUCUGUGUCUCCGCACCUACUGGCAGUGGUAAAACCCUGGCCUUCGUCAUACCCAUAGUCCAGGUUCUGCUAGAUCGAGUAGUUUGUCAAGUACGAGCUUUGGUGGUUCUGCCCACCAAAGAACUGGCACAACAGGUGAGUAAAGUGUUCAACAUUUACACUGAUGGGACAGGUCUGAAGGUUGUUUUGAUUACUGGCCAGAAAUCGUUUGCAAAGGAGCAGGAGAUGCUUGUCCAGAAAAAAGUGACAGGCUACUGCAGCCUGGCUGAUAUCAUUGUGGCUACACCAGGGCGGCUCACAGAUCACAUCAGCCAGACCCCAGGGUUCAACCUGACACAGCUUCGCUUCCUGAUCAUAGAUGAAGCUGACCGUAUGAUUGAUGACAUGCACCAGAACUGUCUGAACCAAAUUGUCAAAGCUGCAUUCCGAGUAGAAAAUGACUCUGGCUCCAACAUGCUUUUUCAGAGGACCAAACCAGGGCCUGUAACAGCAGCCAGCUCCUGCUAUCCUCAGAUACCCUUACAGAAACUGCUGUUUUCAGCCACGCUGACCCAGGACCCAGAGAAACUGCAGCAGUUGGACUUAUUCCAGCCUCGCCUUUUCACAUCUGUCUAUUCUGAGAAAAAAACACUUGGAGAUGGAACAGAGACUGAUCAAGAUACUAAUAAGAAAUACACACUCCCUGAAGGGCUCUCGCAAUGUUAUGUGCCAUGUGACCUGAAUUCCAAGCCUUUGCUCCUCCUGCAUUUCAUGCUGACAAUGAAAUUUACCCGUGUGUUGUGCUUUACCAACUCCAGGGAAGCUUCUCACAGAUUAUUCCUGCUGGUUCGAGCCUUUGGUGGAGUUCCAGUAGCUGAAUUUUCUUCUCUGCUACCUCCAAAUGAGAGACAGAGAACCAUAAAGGAGUUUGAACAAGGAAAAAUACAACUGUUAAUCAGCACAGAUGCCACUGCACGAGGGAUUGACGUUAAAGCAGUGAAUUAUGUCAUAAACUACGAUGCGCCGCAGUUCAUCAGGACAUAUAUUCACCGAGUUGGAAGAACGGCUCGUGCAGGGAAAGUGGGUGUUGCUUUCAGUUUGGUCCUUAGAAUUCAGGAACGUAGGUUUCUGCGGAUGUUAAAGGAUGCUGGCAUCCAAGAUAUCAAGAAGCACCCAGUGAAGGGCAAUUCAUUAAAGCCAUUGGUGCAGCGAUAUGAGGAAGCUCUGUGUAACCUUGAGAAGACAGUCAAGAAUGAGCGAGCACAGAAGCGAGCCUGAGUGAAUAGAUGCUGAGGAGGCUGUUUCAUGGCACGGAAGCUGCUGAAUGGGACAGGUCAUGGACUAUUACUCAGCAAAGUAGAAAUUAAACACUCUCUCUGAAUGGCUAGCUCCUCAACCUUAUCAUCGCUGAAGUCAUCUAUUACAGGCCUGGUUCCCCUUUCAAGGUCACUGUGAAUAAAGUUCAGCUUCUGGUUUAAAAAAAAAUAAUGAUUUUGAGAUACAGUUAUCUUGGAAAGGACUUUGUAUCACAUCCUACCGCGUAUAUGAAACUUGCCACCAGGAAAGAGGAGCCAUUAUACAGCUCUUGAAUGUCGGCCUGAUGGAACUGCUGUCCUCCAACAGUGAGCCCUGUGCAUUGGCUCUGACCUGGGACAGCAAAUGGUUCUGGCUUGCAGCUGCCACCACACAAACACCUCCAUGGUGCCUGGAGCAGAAACGUGUUUGAAGAGCUGCUCUAGGCUGAAGUGACUGUAAUAAUUAAUUUUAAAUAAAUGCAAUCUGUAUUUGAAA